AAAUGAUGUCUUUCUAAAAUACUAAAUUGUUUGCUUCUUUUGCUAGGUCUCUAUGUUGAUUAGUUGAGACAAAUAAAUAUGGCCUUCUACAGUUAUAAUGCAGUCCUAGCUAUUGUCCGGAUAAGAUUUACUAGCCAUUUCGUCCAUCCUCCCUGCUCUUCUUACUCCCCAUCACUUGCCUUUCUUCACUUGCCAGAGUACUAUUUAAGUAAGACCUAUAUGAAGAACUGUGGAAGCAGGAAGUACUCCUAUCCCAGUCAGUUAGGCCAUAAAAGACUUCAUUUACGAACUACACUAAUACAAAAGCCACACACAUCAAUUUGUUGGCUACACCAAGCCCCUGAUAAACCUCAGCUGGAGCAAACCUCAGAGAAGCCCGCAAAAGAAACAAAAGCAGAGAUUAAAGAAGAAAAGCAAUCUUACAGGCAAAAAAUCAUUAAUGAACUUAAAUAUUAUUACAAAGGCUUUCACUUACUUUGGAUUGACACCAAAGUUGCUGCCAGAAUGGUUUGGAGGCUGCUGCACGGGCAGGUGCUGACCAGGCGAGAGAGGCGAAGGCUGUUGAGAACUUGUGCUGAUUUGUUCCGCUUGGUUCCAUUUCUGGUGUUCAUAAUUGUACCCUUCAUGGAAUUCUUGAUCCCAGUGUUUCUGAAACUCUUCCCAGACAUGUUGCCAUCAACUUUUGAAAGUGAAUCCAAAAAGGAAGAAAAACAAAGAAAGAAAAUGGCUGCAAAGUUGGAACUAGCAAAAUUCCUUCAAGAAACAGUUACAGAAAUGGCAAAGAGGAAUACAGCCAAGUUGGGAGAUGCCUCUACACAGUUCUCCUCCUAUGUAAAACAGGUCCAGACAGGCCACAAGCCCAGCACAAAGGAGAUAGUUUGCUUUUCUAAACUCUUUGAGGAUCAGCUAACCCUGGAGCAUUUAGAUCGACCUCAGCUGGUUGCCCUUUGCAAACUGCUAGAAUUGCAGACAUUUGGAACCAACAACUUGCUCCGCUUUCAGCUCCUUAUGACUCUGAAGUCUAUAAAAGCAGAUGAUGAAAUAAUUGCGAAAGAAGGGGUGAAGGCUUUGAGUGUGUCAGAACUACAAGCUGCCUGUAGAGCCCGAGGGAUGAGAUCACUGGGUCUUACUGAAGCACAACUACGACAACAGCUCACAGAGUGGCAGGACCUCCACCUGAAGGAAAAUGUCCCUCCUUCUCUUUUGCUCCUGUCACGGACCUUCUAUCUGAUAGAUGUAAAGCCAAAGCCAAUUGAGAUAACACCAGAUAUAGAGGCUCCCCAGACAGACAUUCCUAUGAAAUCACCUACUUCUUUGGACUCUAAAGAGAACAUGAUGAACUCUGCACCUCAAGUGAGGGGAACUAAGGGGAUAUUUAUACAAAUGUCUCCAGUAUCACCAGUAACACUAUCAGUACCUAUUUCAUUACCCAAUGGAUCCAUCACUUCUAAAGAAGCUGGAAGUAUCCAAAGAGAAACUCCUUUCCCCCUACUUAUCUGUAAAGGCAGUGAGACUCUAGAAUUCUAAGUAUUGCAAAACACUGCAGUUUUUCCUGUCAUCCAAACAGGAAGCUGUAGAGUGAACUUUAGUCAUCAUAUAACCACUACAU